GUGGGGUUUCUUUUGUAAUCAACCUGAACGUGUAGUUACCAGGAAAACUGUGUUAAACUCGUUUUAAGUAAAGGUCGUUUUCCCAAACUCGACUGCUUUUUCAAAACAACAAGUUUUUAAAUCAAUUAAAAUGAAGAUAUUCUGGAAUCCAGCGCUGAUUUUAGGUCUGUUCGUGUGGAUACCUGCUGUGACGUAUUCGUAUUCUUCACAAGCACCUGAGGAUCAGGACACAUCAGGAGAUGAUUAUGAUGAUGAGUCCUCAGGGUCAGGAAUGGCAGUAUACGUACCACCUCUCAGGUUUUUCGAUCCUGUGAUGCCUAAAGUGCAGACUACGAAAGUGCCAGUUACCAAUGCUUCACAUUCAACCUUGCCGACCACAAUCAUUUCCUCGGUGGAUGUUGUUGUUAUCGAGAAAGAAACUACAACUGUUAGUCUUGUGGAUCCAGAAACGACAACCAUUUUGAUCGAGAAAGGCUUUGUACCUGUUGUAGCAGAGGACUACACUACAAAAGCAGUUGUUAAAGAAGACAACAAACCCACAGUUUCAGUGCAGGUCAUUGAUAAAAAAACAACUGUUCCUCAUAUGGAGACAGCGCCUGUGCAGACCACAACCAUUUCCUCGGUGGAUGUUGUUGUUAUCGAGAAAGAAACUACAACUGUUAGUCUUGUGGAUCCAGAAACAACAACCAUUUUGAUCGAGAAAGGCUUUGUACCUGUUGUAGCAGAGGACUACACUACAAAAGCAGACAACAGACCCACAGUUUCAGUAAAGGUCAUUGAUAAAAGAACAACUGUUCCUCAUAUGGAGACCGUGCCUGGGCAGACGACAAAAAAAGCUGUGGUUGUGACACAUCCUGAACCUAAAGCGACUGCAAAGACCACCACUGUUCUUAUGACUACAGCAAGUAGAAAUUACAAUCCCAUCUUCGAAGAUCCUGUUAUUACAGAAGACAUUAAUACGAGCUUAGAUUCAGAGAAAGAUUCUGACUUUGUUAUCGACAAGGAAACAAUUAAAACUAGAAAAGGUGUAAAUGAACAUGGAGCAAUGGGUGCUUCUUCAGGGAAUGACAGCUUUCUGGAGAGAAAAGAAGUUCUUGCAUGUGUCAUAGCCGGUGGUGUGGUGGGUCUUCUCUUUUCUGUCAUGCUGGUUGGCCUAAUGGUUUACAGAAUGAAGAAAAAGGAUGAGGGGAGCUAUGCGUUACAAGAUAUGCCACAACCUUAUGUCUACCAAAAAGCUCCGAAACAGGAAGAAUUCUUUGCAUAAAAGACUUAAAGACACUCGUCUUCACAGAGUAGGCUGCUUUUCUUUGGUCUAUCUUUUUAAAAUGUUUUUAUACACUCAAAACACAGCAUUUAUAUAUCUUAAGUGUGUGUAUGUAACGUGUUGUGUAUGUUGUUAAUACACCUGUUGUUUUUCAAUAAUGAAUUUAUGCAGAAUUGUCAUCUAUCAAACAUCUUAUUGGCUUUGUGUUUAGUGUCAAAUUACUGCUGGUUCGAGAAAAUGUGAAGUAGUAAGGUUUUUGUUUUGUACUAAUCUGCUUCCAGUCGUUAAGUUGUUUCUUUCAAUUCCUUUGAUGUUCAAGUUUUUAGGUCUUGGGAUUUUUUUUAAAUGGCUUUGAAUUUCUACAUUGUUUCUUUUAUAAGGUUUUUUUAAGAGCACAAGUAAGGCUGUGUAAAGAUUUUUUUUAUGCUGCUAUAUAGGACAAUCGGGUAUAUUUUUGUUAAACAAAUUUCUAUUUAUUAACCGCAGUGGAAGUUCAGUAUUACUUAAAUGUUCACAUGCCAGUCACUAGUAGAAGGAUCACAAACAUAUUGUACAGUAGCAUUGGUUGAUAUCAGCAAUGCAUGCAAAUUUACUUGGAAGUCCCAUGUUUAGCUUGUAUUUGCCCUGCUAUUAAAACACUCUUACAGUCAGUAUGCAUGCUGCUUGCUGUCUGCCUGUACGAAGGGUUUACAGCAUUAAACAUUAGUUUCAAACCCAAACUUUAAGUGAUUCGUAGUGACUGAGCACACUUCCAACAUGUACUUACUUGUACAUUACAACUAGACGAAGUUGUAAAAAUGACGUCGUUCCCUUUUGAACAUCCACUGCUAUAAACUCCAGGUUCAAAGUCCACUAAGGAGAAACCAACUACACGCUGUUGUAAACUUUCAAAAAGGACUUCCUUUAUUCUUGUAAAUAUUUUUUUAUACUAAAAUGUAAUCAUUUCAAUCCAAAAUAAAAUGCAGCGGAAGCCAGUGAACUCUGGAAAGUGUACAGAAAGCAAGAUUAAACUUUAUUUUAUGGUUUUAUUACAAAAAUACAGAAUAUAUAUGUUAAUGUGUCUCUGUGUGUAAAUGAAUAUUUGUUUUAUGCAUGACAGCUCAACACAUCAAACAUUCAUAACGCAGCAAACAUUUACCGUCCAAUCUUCUUGCUUGUGCAAAUACAGAUUUUUUUUUCUUAAAAUUUUAAAAGCGUGAUAUGGUAAAGGUAAAUCACACAAAAUAAUGAUUAAUCAUAUGGUUUUCUUCUGUUUAUAGUCCUGGUUUCACAGACAAGGCUUAUGUUUAGUCUGAAACUAAAAUGCUCGUUUGAGCUGAAAACAACUUAUGCCAUUGUUUUGUCUUAUGAUGCACAACAGUAAGGGCACUUUUAUAAAGCUACUUAAAUGUCUAAAAAUCCUAUUUUAACUAAAGUUUAGUCCUGGCUUAACCUAAGCCCCGUCUGUAAAACCAGGCCAACAUGUUGUUUAUUCAUAAAAAUAAAGUAUUGCAAAAUCUUUACUUUAGGCAGAGCCUAAAAGUUUGAAACACUGGUAGUUUUUACAAAUGUGCCUUACAAAAAAUAAUACUGGUUUGAAUCUUGAGACAAAACAAUGGCACGGAUAUAUGUUAAGAUGUGUCAGGUCAAGGUGUUUUUGAAUUAAGGCAAAUCAAACAGACAUUUUAGUCUGGGACCAGGAUAAGCCCUGUCUGUGAAACUAUUAUUCUGUAUAUUUAAAGUGAUGAUUCUUUUGGCAUCAGUCCUUCACCCCAACUCCUUAAUUCUCAAUAAGAUUAUUUUAUUACAUUUCAUAGGUGUGCAAUAAUUAAGCUUCUACCUUAAGGUCAGCAAUUCAAAUUAUUUCAUCACUAUUUCUGUUAAGACUUGUUGGACAGGUAAACUCAUGAACUAUUAUUUUCUGUGUAGCAUGUUUAAACUGAAUGUCUUUUUAUAUUACAAAUUAUAAUAGCUUCUUAAGUAUUUAAGUAUACAGUAUUGAAAAAUGAAAACUUUUGCUUAAUAUGCAUGAUGGCAAUUUAUCCAAAACCCAAUGCUUCCAUGUUUUCAUAUUCUGAUCUCUAAACACCAAAUGGAGUAAAACAAAUCCUAGAUUUUAUGCAAUGUAUAAAUCCCUGCCACACAUUAAAAUCAAGUCUACAAUCAGGUUGUGUAUAUUCUCUUCUCUUUUGCUAUGGAGUUUGGAGUUGGUGUCUUUCUGCACUCGUAACAACCCCGAGUGACUCAAGGUUACUUGUGUAAAUAUGUAAUUACACACAAAAAUUAAACGAUUUACAGAACACA